UAAUGUGCGAGAUCCGCCGAGCCUCUCUGCUGCGCGGUCACAUUCCGCCCAGCCUUCCCCCUCUCUCUCUCUCUGCCAGCGGCCUGGUGCUUUGAGAUGAGUACAGGAUGUCGGUUUCGGGGCUGAAGGCCGAAUUGAAGUUUUUGGAGUCAAUUUUCGACCCGAACCACGAACGAUUUAGAAUAAUAGACUGGAAACCAGACGAGCUGAGCUGCCAAUUCAACGUGACCGGAGAGAAGCUGCUGAUCAUUCACUGCAACAUCACGGAAUCUUAUCCCUCAACACCCCCAAUAUGGUUUGUUGACUCUGAUGAUCCUAGUCUGGCUGAAGUGUUGGAGCGCUUAGAGGAUGUGAGAAAAGGCAGCACAUUGCUCCUUCAGCAGUUGAAGCGCCUCAUUUGUGAUCUCUGUCGGCUUUACAACCUGCCACAACAUCCAGAUGUAGAAAUGCUCGACCAGCCUCUACCCGCUGGCCCGAUUACCCAGGAGCGAAAGCACGGGCCAGCAGAUGAGGUGACAUCUGAAGAGGAAGAAGAGGAAGAAAUGGGAGAGCAGGACAUUGACCUGGACCAAGACCUGGACCAUUACGACAUGAAAGAAGAGGAGCCAGUUGAUGGAAAAAAGUCAGAAGAUGACGGGAUAGAGAAAGAAAAUCUGGCCAUCUUGGAGAAGAUUCGUAAAAGCCAGAGACAGGAUCACUUGAAUGGUGCAGUGUCUGGCUCCGUGCAAGCCUCAGACCGCCUAAUGAAGGAACUCAGGGAGAUCUACAGAUCACAGAGUUACAAGACAGGUAUUUAUUCAUGCGAACUAGUCGGCGACAGCCUUUAUGAAUGGCACGUCAAGUUAAGGACGGUAGACCCAGAUAGUCCAUUACAUAGUGACUUGCAGGUCUUAAAAGAAAAGGAAGGAGUGGACUACAUUCUGCUCAAUUUCUCUUAUAAAGAUAAUUUUCCUUUUGACCCACCUUUUGUGCGGGUUGUCGCACCUGUGCUCUCCGGAGGUUAUGUUCUAGGAGGAGGGGCCUUGUGCAUGGAGCUUCUCACAAAACAGGGCUGGAGCAGUGCCUAUUCCAUAGAAUCUGUCAUUAUGCAGAUAAAUGCAACUCUGGUGAAAGGAAAAGCCAGGGUGCAGUUUGGAGCCAAUAAGAACCAGUACAAUCUUGCCAGAGCACAACAGUCGUACAAAUCCCUUGUGCAGAUUCAUGAAAAGAAUGGCUGGUACACACCACCUAAAGAGGACGGAUAAGGAGCUACUACCACUAUGCACUGGGAACAUGUCUUUGGGUCAAAGUAUCUUGUUUUCUUUGGAUUAUUUUCCCCUCCUCUGACUUCACUGGGGGAUAUAUCAUCUUUCUCGCGGAAACCAUCUCGUUGGCUCAUCUGACAAGUAUUCCUCCGCCCUGCUCUGGGAAAGACUUUGUUCUGGUAUCACUCUGCUUCUCCCCUCAGUGUUUUAGUGAGGAGGAGGAUGUGAGGGUAUCACUAGUCCUGUUUUCUAAACAUGCUCAUUUGUCUUUAAAAAAAAAGACUAUUCUCCCUUUAAAUGUGGGGAAAUGCUUUUUCUUUAGCUGCUUUGACAAAGUGGGCUUCACAACCAGUCAGUUCCCCCUCUUUAAAUGGGAAAUUUAACAGCAGAUUGAUACUGAAGCUCUUGAUGUGGCACCUCACUGCACCUCUUUUUAUUGGCCACUGGAAAAUUAACUGGUACAUAAAUGCAAAUAUUGUAGACAUAUUAUUCAGCAAUUGUUUUUUUUUAUUAUUUGAGCAUCCUUCCUAGACAGUUAAUAAAUAUUUCAUCUUUUGGAAGCUCAUCUUAAAAUUGAGAUGGACAACCACUCGGUAUCUUUUAGCUCUUACUUUUUAAAAUAUGUGAAGAAUAUCGGGCCAAGCAGAAUCAAAAUGCUGCGAUGUUGUUGAACUAAGAUUAACUGUUGUCUGUGAACAAAUCCACCAGUGGUUGAUAAUAAAACCAAUGGACAUGAAAUAUCUCAGAAUCUGCAUGUUGCAUAUCUUGGGAAGAGGAAACAUAGAUAUAUUUUCACCAGAAGGUUUAACAGAUCUAAUGUUGACGCUCAAAAGCUCAUUUUGCCUCGUUUCUGUAAACACAACGCCGCCCGCAGGCGCUCAGUUUGGCUAUUGGCCUUUCUAUUGAUUAUAGCUGUAGACUUUGGUGGCUGGUUUGAUGCUGAAAAUGAAGCCCUGUGUGUGCAAAGCUAACAGCGUGGUGCACAAGUAGAAUCACACUGGGAUUGGCUUUACAGUGGGAAUAAAUGAAGAGUGUUUGGAUGUUUUUUUCACAACUUUGCCCAGUUUAGCAGCAAAUCUGUAUGUCACAUCUCCCUGACAUACAUGGAUUGUAGUGGUUUGCCGCUGCCCAGUUUAGAUUUUAAACUGCGUCCCUGUUACAUGACGUCACAUGCAGCUGGAUUCAUCUCCUCAGCAGCUAAACAUCCAUUUACAGGGCUUCCUUUGCCACAACAGUGAACCAUAAAUAUUUCGGUGUCGGUUUUGAUGUGUAACAAGACGGGUCAUUCGCAACUGACCUGAAACUCUGACCACGCAAUAUACCGUAGUACAUCCUCGCUACUGCUGUUCCCCAUACUACAGGACACACACUGUAUCUAUCAACCUGUCCGUUUAUUUGUUAACACUGUCUGCAAAAGUAUGUUUGAAUGGCAACUCAGGUAACAAACAAUACUUAGGAGAGGAAUCUGUACAUGUACAUGUCGAGUUUUGGGUUAUUUUCUUGGAUUAAUUAACGCUCUCUACCGUUGACGUUUACUCACCCACUGAUCUGAUGUCAAAAACAGAUAAUGGAAUGAGCUUUACAAUAAUAUGGGCCACAUGUUUCUUUUAAUUCAAGCAAUGUAAGAGGAAGAUGCCAUUUUAACAGGAUUGCAGUAGCAUGUAAUGGCUCAAAACUGUACUAUUUUAUGCUUUUUCUUUCAUCCCACAUACUGAGGUAGAGUUGAUUUCAGUGUGAGAUCUUUAAAUAUUCCUGAUAAAAAAUAUUUGCACACUGGCAACAACGUGCCUGGAUUAUGACAACAAACACAUUCAGAGCUAAAUAUUUUAAAAUCAGGAUUUUUUUCUCUCAGCACACAUCCUGUUGUUACAUGUCUGAUAAAGCCGAGGGGGUGCCGAGGGGGGAGGAAUCAUCGGGUCACAUUAUGGACAAGUGUCCUCAUGUAAAGGGCCUGUGUUGUCUGGACUCUGGUCAGAGAGGAUGCUCAGAGACGAUUGGAGUUUGAUAGUCAUGCCGUGGUGAAUAGACUUGCACACUUCUCUAACUGGACUGUGUUGAAAAGAUUAAUUUAUCUCAACUGUCGAUUCAUUUUCUGGCACCAACCAAACACGAUCAAGUCAGGCACCGUUGGCUCGCUUUGAUUUUCUUUUAUUUCUCAUUUUCCAUUUGAAGAAAUUUUGACCAUGUACAGUAAUUUGUAAACUUGCAUCAAGUUUAUGAAUAAAGAAUUUUAAGAUUAUUGCUGUUUUACUGGGGUCCCUGUGUAUUAUUUUUCACUGUUGCUUAACGGAUUGCAGAUGUGUUGGGCUGAUAUUGAUAUUUCAUUAAAUUAAUAAAAUAAU